CAUGCCAUCGCACAAUGGAGAGGGGCCGUCCUUUUUAUUAACGUUUAUCCUUUUUCAGAGAAGUGAAAUGUAGAAGAACUUUUGUGAUGUAGUGAGCAAGGUCCGGAAGAUGCCUGCCACUCUGUUCUGAUCGUUCGACACUGACGGGUGAAGCUUGCUAAUUGAGUUGAGAAAAUCUCUUCUCUCUCUACAUUUGUCUGCUGUAAUUACCGAAGAACACUACACGAAAAUGUGUGAAUGGGGAUACACUGGACACGGAGGCCCGGCUCACUGGCACGAGAGCUUCCCGCAAGCCGGUGGAAAGAGGCAAUCUCCUAUUGAUAUCAAUACCACAGAUGCUCGCUUUGAUACUGCGCUUGUUGAUAGACCAUUGAAGAUCAGCUAUGACCCUAGCCGUACCAAGGCUCUCGUCAAUAAUGGGCAUACCUUCAGAGUCGACAUCGAUGCCUGUGACUAUAAUCUAAGCGGGGGUCCUCUAGAAGACAACUAUCAGCUUGUUCAGUUCCAUGCUCACUGGGGCAAAGAAGACAAGGAAGGAGCAGAACAUACCAUCAAUGGAAAGCAGUAUGCAGCAGAGAUUCAUCUGGUUCACUGGAACACUGGACAGUUUAAGGCAGUGAGCGAUGCCAUCAAGUGUGAUAAGGGUAUUGCUGUUCUUGGCUCAUUCAUUAAGGUUGGGAAACCUCAUGUUGGGUUUGAAAAGCUGGUACCCUGCCUGAAGAAGGCUCUGAACAAGAACUGUACUGCACCUGUGGAGGGUGGAUUUGACCCCAGCUGUCUUCUGCCAGAAAAUAAGAAGGACUACUGGACAUACGAGGGCUCCCUCACUACACCACCCUGCUAUGAGAGUGUCUCUUUUAUUCUCUUCAAAGACGCCAUAGAAGUCUCCGAAGAACAGCUUCAAGUCCUUCGUAACCUUCAAGAUCAUUGUGAUGGUGAGUCUUUCGAGGGUCGUGGUAAGCUGGUCAACAACUAUCGUCCACUCUGUGAUCUCAACGGCCGAGUGGUCAGGGCUACCUUCGAGAACUAGACCCCCUCACAGAUGACAUGAUGGCCGGAGCUCUAGAUGCUAUUAUACCUUCAUUGAUUGAUGUUACUGGUCAUUUCUUUAUUUCUACCUAUAUGUGUUAUAUUUGGAGUGUAAUGUAUGCUAGUUAUACUUACAGAUGGAUGAAAUCUUAGCUGCAUGUCCAUAUCUCUUUCACUUUUUUCUGCAAAUUUGUAAAUUUUGGUCUCAGAUAUAUUUAUCCUCAAACAUGGGGGGGGGGGGGGAAAGGACGAACUCUAAAGCACAGUAGCAUUUUGUUAACACAAAAAAUGUAAGUGAACAGAUAUUUUGUUUGUAACGUUUUUAUGAAAUUCUCAUUUGAUAUUGAACCUCACCCUGUGGUUUUGACAAUCAUCUUUACAGAGAGUAUAUAUAUAUAUAUAUAUAUAUAUCAAUGUUUUCUCUUAAUUAGAAAUAUAAUAAUCAUGCACUUUAUGUCAUUUGAAAGAUGAAGGUUUCAUUCAGAUACGAGAAGAGAUCAACAUGGUAGAUACUCGAAGCUUCGCUAAUAGGGAUUUUAUAUAAUGUGAUAUGCGCUAUACAAGAACUGAAUAUUGUUAUUAUUAAUGAUGCUUUGCGUGAUGUGGAACCUUCAUAUCUACUUAGUCGUGUGUAACCAAAACAUUGUCUUCCCUAUGCACCACCUUGUAGCAAAGACACUCAAUAGUAGAGAUUCUCAUUGUACCUAGGACUAUAAGGAGCUUCUAGUUUUGAUAUGAUAUAAAAUAUGAAUUUAUAUUAUAAAAUAUAUAAACGGUGCACAUAUUUACCAUGCAAUAAAACCCUGAAACCUUGCGAAACUAUCCAUGCAGUUUAGAUAGUAAAAUCAACGAUAUUAAUAGAUGAAAAAAUGAUCAUGAUAAGUGGUUAGAUAAUAGUAGUGUUUAGAGUGGAUGGUGUAAAUUUGUAUAUCAUAUUAUAUGCAUUUAUUGUUGAAGUGAUGUUGGGUUGUAUAAAUGAAUUGUGGAUGCAAACAGAUCAGUAGUUUAUUUAUUUAUAGAUGAAUAUUUUCUUAUGACAGAUAUAGAAUUAUUGUAUGAAACACUCUGAUGAUAAAUGACAAUUUAUAAAGCUUAAAAAUCAUGGCUGCAGACAACAACAAACAGUUUCUUUUCUUUUUAUCAAUGGGGUUUCCCAUCAAAUCUAAAGUAAAAGUGCUGUAGAAAUGACCAAUUCUAUUUUUAUUGCUACUCAUCAAAUACUCACCAAAUAUGACAAGACUGAUAUACAAAUAUUACUUAUCAUAUUAGAAAUAGUCACAUCUAUUUCUUGCUAUUUUUAUUUUGUUCUUGUAAUCAUGCAGAUACAUUUGAAGAUGAAAUUAUGUAAUGGAAAGAGAAAUGAUUUUCAGAUAUAUAGAUUUAACCAGAGUCUUUAUUAACUAUGAGAAGUUGAAUAGAUAUAUAUUUUUUCUGAACCAUACAAUAUCACAUCUAUUUUCAAACCAAUAUAUUAUGUAUUUGAGAUCAUGCAUGGUUUAAUAUUUUGUGUGGAAAGGAACUAGAAGCACUUCAUAUGUCCUGUAAUAUAUUACUUUAGUAAUAAAAAUGUGUCGAGAACAAUGCAUAUUUGGUGCUGCUACUGCUCAAAUCAUAAUAACCCUGCCUCAUAUUUGGUAAAUAUUAUAUUUUAUUGUUGUAUAAAUCCAAGGUUUAAGUGUAGAGCAAUUGGUAACUGUUGGCAAGAUGUAUUUGAUCAUGCAGGACAUACAAGAAUGAAUUUAUAACAAUUUGUAACACACAUGGUAUAAAAAGAUUAUAAGGCGAUAUUCCUUUCAAUAUGUUGGUUAUUUAGUGAUGUCCUGGUGAUAUCCGAGGCUGAAAGUAAAAGAUACAAUGUACAAGAUGUAAAACAUGCUAGUAUUUACAGUGUAUACAUCCAGGGUAAAAUAUAGGUAUUAUUAUACACUUUGGUUUUAUAAUACCGGACAUGAAAUAAUAAUUCAGUUGUUGUUGACUUUGGUAAGAAACUCUCGAAGACAAGGUCGUAUUUCAUGCAGACUAUAGUGCUUCAUUCAGCUGCAAGGACUGUGAUAACAAUGAUAUUUGUUUCAUUAAGUUAGUCAGUGAUUUUAGACAUUCCUUGGUUGUAAACACAUGUUAUUUAAUCAUGUUUUGAUGGUAAAGUGCUUGAACCCUUGUAUUUAUUUGCAUAACAGAUAUCAUGGAUGCAAUUGCGAUUAGAACCGUUAUAGACAAUUUCUCGGUUACUUUGUAUUUAAAUAAAUUUAAGGAACAUUAAAUGAGAAAAUAGGGACAAUAAACUAGAAUAUCAUAAAUGCA